AUGUCAAAUAGUCCUUUUACCUCACAAUCUUUAAUCAUCCUAUUAUGGAAUGCUAACGGUCUAGCAAACCACAGAAAUGAAUUAAUAACAACUCUAAACGAAAAAAGAAUUGACUUAGCUUUAAUCUCAGAGACCCAUUUUACCUCUAAUACUAAAUUUUCAAUUCCUGGCUACACGACAAUUCCAGCUAACCACCCUGAUAACACGGCCCAUGCAGGUGCAGCGAUUCUCAUCAGGUCACCUAUUCAAUUUACACCCCUUCCCAGUAUUAAUGAAGACUUCCUUCAAGCUGUAGCGAUAAAUAUUAAAUUAAACCAUACCCCAAUUACUAUGGUGGCGUCAUAUUGCCCACCUAAACACAAAAUUACGCAGACACAAUUUGAAAAUUUCUUUAACUCCUUUGGUCAAUACUUCGUCAUAGGGGGGGACUUAAAUGCCAAACACCAUUCAUGGGGUUGUCAUACAUCUAACCCAAAAGGGAAAUCUCUACUAAAAGCAAUUAACAAUAAGCAAUUAUCUGUUCUUGCCCCUCCUAACCCUACAUACUGGCCAUCAUCACUAAGAAAACGCCCGGAUAUUCUCGAUAUAUUUGUUGUCCAAGUCCCUCCAAGAUUGAAUCAUCUAGUUACAAACUUAUUGGUCCCGUGUUCCGACCAUUCCCCAGUUCUCUUAUGCUUAGACGCCUCACCUUAUCUUCAACCUGGUAAAUCAUCACUGAUAAAUGGUGUUAUGGACUGGGAAAAUUUUCGUGAUAUUUAA